UGGUAUAUAACCAUGUUCUGGUAUCUAGUAAAGUCAUUGAGACAAAAGACCAAAAGUUCAUAGGUUAUUAUUGAUUCCCCUUUUCUAUUACAAUUCUCAAAUAGGCCUGUUACUUUAUACUGAGUCUCUUUUAUUUAGAUUCCUACAAUGGCGAAGAUUACAAUUCUCGGUGCAGGCAUUAUUGGCAUGGCUGUUGCGAGCAUGUUGUCUCGAGCGCACGAGGUAACCAUUGUUGCGCGAAAUCUUCCAGGCGACGAUGAAAGUCUGGGUUGGGCAAGUCCAUGGGCUGGGGCUGUCUUCCUCGGCCUUGAUGGAUCAACGCCAAGUGAGCAGAAGAUGCAGAGAGACGCGUUUGCUUAUCUCUGGUCUUUGGCAAUCACGAACCCAGAGUCAAGCGUCAGGAGAAUCGAGAUGAACGAUUUUCAAGACAGUACUACCCUCGACAAGAUUUGGUAUCAAGACUUGAUGCCUGAGUUUCGCGUCAUGUCUAAGGAUGAACUUCCCAAGGGUGUCAUUUUGGGCAUGAGCUGUGAGUAUGUUCGCUAUCCCGAGUUGAAAUGUCUGACCAACUGGCCUGAAACAGACAAAACCGUCGUUUUGACACCAAUAACCUUUCUUCCAUGGUUGGCAAAGAGGCUCAAGAACAGUGGCGUCACUUUUCUUCGCAAGAAUGUGGGGUCGUUAGCAGAGCUAAAGAGCCUUGGCUAUGAUGUCCUUGUCAAUGCAACAGGAUGCGGUUCAAAGUUUCUACGCGACGUUGCCGACCUGAACGUGCAGCAAGUUCGGGGACAGACAAUUCUUGUAAAGACUGACUAUAACAAGAUUCUCAUGAGACACGGGAAGGAUUAUACAUAUGUUAUUCCGCGACUAGAUGGUACAGCAAUCCUUGGAGGGAUCAAGCAAGUCGAUAACACGGAUCCAGUCGUGGAUGUGGACCUUAGAAAUGACAUCCUUCGACGCGUUCAUGAGAAUGCCCCCGAGGUUUUUAAAGGAUCCAAGAUUGAGAACGUUGAGAUCAUACGGGACAAUGUUGGCAUCCGACCAGCGAGGGUAGGUGGAGUGCGUGUUGAGAAGGAGAGAAAUGGUGGCCAGAACAUUGUUCAUGCAUAUGGCACUGGUGGUGGGGGUUAUGUUUUCAGCUUCGGUGUUGCUCGGGCUGCUGGAACAUUGGUCAAUGACUUUUUGUUCACACCACCAGCAAAGCUGUAGCUUCAUACAUAUGCAUACAUUUGCUUUAUAUAUUAAAUGAAUGGAGCUAUAUCCAGGUCACGAUCAUUAAGUUCAACUAUCUCU